AGACGGAGACGGUACCUCUCAGGUGGACCUGAAGAGUGACUGCAGAGGAGCGUUUAGGAUUAUGAUACAGUAAGAAUCAUUUAUUUCAAUAUUAAAAUUUUUAAAUGAGAGUGUGGAUACAAAUUUUUGAUUUGCUGUUGCUAAAACCCAUUUUUUAUUUUCUUAUUUAUUUUAUUUCAUUUUUUGUUGUUGUUGAUGGUUCUUUUUCUUGUUUUAUUUGCAACAAAAAAGUAGUACUUCAAUAUUUAAAAUCUCUAAACAAGAGUUUUGAUACAAUUUUUUUUUAAUUUACUGUUACUAAACCCCAUUUUUAUUUAUUUUUGUUGUUGUUGGUUUUUUCUUGUUUUCUUUGCAAAAAAAAAUACUUCACUAUUUAAAAUCUUUAAAUGAGAGUUUGGAUCCAAUUUUUUUAUUUACUGUUGCUAAACCCCAUUUUUUAUUUAUUUAUUUAUUUUAUUUUAUUUCUUUUUUUCUUGGUGGUGGUGGUGUUUUUUGUUGUUGUUUGUUUUCUUUUCUUUGCCAAAAAAAAAAUUACUUUAAUAUUUAAAAUCUUUAAAUGAGAGUUUGGAUCCAAAUUUUUAAUUUACUGUUACUAAAACCACUUUUUUUGAUGGUUCUUUUCUUGUUUUCUUUGCAAAAAACAAAUAAAUACAUAAUUAAAAUAUAAAUUAAAACUUGAAAAAUAAAAAUGAUGACGAUAUACUAGCUUGCUUUUGUGUCAUUUUGUUUAUUUCAAAGGAAUAUCAAUCUCAUGUCUGGACACCAGUCGAGCUGAAGUGAAGUGAGGAGGGGAGAGGCAGAAGUGGAAAGGGAGAGUUUGUAGUACCUCAACAUGAAUGGAUAUAACAUCACCAGCUUCAACUCCUCCUUCGAGUCUCAAAUUUAUCCGUAUCCAUUGUCCUUAGACGAACCUCUGUACAAACAGUUCAAGCCUCAACCCAAGGAUCUCAUUGCUUUGCCAAAGGCUGUGGUCUACCUGCUCAUGGCCGGUAUGGUAGUUGUUGGAGUUGCCUAUGCAAUUGUUGGACAUCUCAUCAAGGAUCUGGCAAUCGACAUAGCCGGUGAGACUAAUAAAGACUGGCAUUGAACUUUUAUUGCAUCAAUAUUUAUGUUAAAGGGAGCCAAAAGGCAAAACUCUAGGUGCACAAAUGGUUAAAUUAAUUGAACAGUUGUUGUCCAAAUUUAUUUUGUCAGGUUAGCUAUCAUUAAUGACUUUUAAUCACAGAAGAAAAAGUCAUUUUACUUUUCCUACCCCCAUUUUUUUUAAACAACUCUUAAACAUUUUUUAUCAUCCCUUUCCUCCAGUAUAUGAAACAUUUUCAGUUAUUACUCUCAAAAUGUUUCAAGUAGCUACUCCUUUAUCUACCAAAGUAAACACAGUAGACCGAUAGGAUAAUAUUUUUAUCACUUUUGGCAACAAUGAAUUUCAGCUGUUUAUUCCUCACUGUAAACUAUUUUGACUGUUUAUCCACUACUUAAAAAAAAUACUAUUCCACACAUUUUUCAGGAGCCUAUCUGAACUUGAGCUUAUAAAGUAGGCCUACUGUUUAUUUUAAGAUACUGAACAACUUUAACUUUAAGCUCAAAAUGUGCCUUUUACUUGUUUAUUACUUUGGUUUAUAGCAUCUAUGUCAACAAAACUAUUUAUCAUGGAACAAAUAUUUUUACUUUAAACUGCAUAAAUGACUUAAUUUGAACUUUUCUACUUCUCAUUCAAUACUUCCUGUCAAAAUAAACUCAAUUUCAACCAUUAAAUAAUAUCUUACAGCUAAGCUAUCUGUUUUAAGGUUUCACUAAGUUCUUUACUUGUUUAUUACUUUCAUUUAUAGCACCUUUGGCUAAUAAAACCAUCUAUCAUGGAACUAAUAUUUUUACUCAUCUGCACAAAUGAUUUAAUUUGAGCUUUUGUUUUAUCACUUAUUCAACACUUCCUGUCAAAAUAAACUCAAUUACAACCAUUUCAAAUCAAAUCAAGUUUCAUUUAUACAGCCCCAAUUCACAACAGUCGUCAUCCCAAGACGCUUUCCAAAGAAAAAGAGCAGGUCUAGACCACGCUCCUUGUUUGAUGAGUUAUCAAGACCCAACCUGAGAUAGGAUUUGGCCCAUCUCAUCCAACAUGAGUGACAGUGGCAAUAAAAAAAACUUCCUUUUAACAGGCAGAAACCAUGGGUAGGACCAGCCUAGUAACCACUGGCCUCUUGUGUUUUGAGCUGUUGUUGGUUUGUAUCCUUUUAGAUUGUCUCUUGGGUCCAAUUGGAGAUGAAGACAACAAGGACAAAGACCCAAAAGGAAUGACCUCCAGCUAUCCUCCUUCAGGGCACCCAUUUGCCCACAAUGCCUUUCAUGUGUGGGACCAGGACGAUGUAGUCAUCCAUUUCCCCGCAGAAGAAGAAAGCCCUCAGUUAAGCCCAAUCCUGCUCGCAGCAAUCCCCUACAUGCCCUCUUUCUUCCCGCACUCACAGAGCCCAACAGGUCAUGGCUCUAUGAGUUUCGCUGCCAGCCCGGGGUCAGCCAAGGACAUGAAUACCCCCAGAGAGAUCUGA